CUCACUUUCUUCUUCUUCUUCCUUUGAGACUUGGCUCAUUUUGGUCUGUUGUUUUGUUGAGUUCAUGGCUGAUAUAGCUCGUGUCACUCUUGGCCUUACUCGCCCUGGCCCAAGCAAUGCCCCUAAGAUAAUUUUUGUUGCAAAAGACCUUGAUGUCUUGGAAUGGAACGGAGACUUGGUUGCUGUGGGUGUGAGAGAGAAAGAUGUGGAGAAGGAUGAAGCAGGCCACUUCAAGAAUCCCCUUUUGUAUCAAUUGAAUGAAGCCUUGGGUGGAUUGUUGGGUGAGGCUUCUUCAGAGGAAGAUUUCUCUGGAAAGUCUGCCCAAUCCCUUGUUCUAAGAGUUUCUGGCUUGACAUUUAAGAGGGUUGGUCUAUUUGGCCUUGGCCAGUCCGCUUCUAGUGCGGCAGCCUUUGUUGGUCUAGGUGAGGCCAUUGCAGCAGCAGCACAGGCAUCUCGAGCUGCUUCACUUGCUCUAGCUCUUGCCUUCUCCGAGGACCUUUCGGCUGAAUCCAAGCCUGGCAUUGCCUCUGCCAUUGCACUUGGGAUUGUCAAUGGGAUAUUUGACGACAACAGAUACAAAUCAAACCCCAAAAUGAGUCUACUUCAAUCUGUGGAUGUUCUUGGUCUUGGAUUUGGACCUAAUAUGGAGAAAAAGUUGAAAUAUGCAGAAUAUGUCAGUUCUGGGAUUGUUUUUGGAAAAGAACUUGUAAACUCACCUGCAAAUAUACUUACCCCAGGGGAAUUGGCAGAAGAGGUUUCAAAGAUCGCCGAGAAGUACAACGAUGUUCUUUCAGCAAACAUUUUCAAAGAAGAAAAAAUCAUAGAAUUGAAGAUGGGUUCCUACCUUGGUGUAACUGCAGCAGCCACUGCAAAUCCUCCCCAUUUCAUCCACUUGUGUUACAAGCCUCCCGGUGGAUCUGUAUCAACCAAAUUGGGCUUAGUUGGUAAAGGAAUUACCUUUGACAGUGGUGGCUACAACCUUAAAGCAGGAGCCAACAGCAACAUUGAAACAAUGAAAAAUGAUAUGGGAGGGGCAGCAGCCAUUUUUGGAGCAGCAAAAGCCAUUGCUGAGCUUAAACCUCCUGGCGUAGAGAUUCAUUUUGUUGUUGCUGCCUGUGAGAACAUGAUAAGUGCAACUGGUAUGAGACCAAGUGAUAUUGUCACAGCUUCAAAUGGAAAGACAAUUGAGGUUAACAACACAGAUGCUGAAGGAAGACUUUGCCUUGCUGAUGCUUUGAUAUACACUUGUAAGCUGGGUGUUGAAAAGAUUAUAGACCUGGCUACUCUAACUGGUGCUUGUAUAACAGCUCUUGGGCCUUCAGUUGCAGGUGCCUUUACACCAAACGAAGAGCUAGCAAAAGAGGUAAUUGCUGCUGCAGAGAGGAGUGGCGAGAAGAUAUGGAGGCUGCCAAUGGAGGAAAGCUAUUGGGAGUCAAUGAAAUCAGGCGUGGCUGAUAUGAUCAACACUGGCCCUGGUCAAGGCGGUGCUAUCACAGCUGCUCUGUUUCUGAAGCAGUUUGUUGAUGAGAAUGUGCAAUGGAUGCACCUUGACAUUGCUGGCCCUGUUUGGAACACCAAGAAGAGUGUUGCAACUGGCUUUGGUGUGUCCACGCUUGUGGAGUGGGUUCUGAAGAACGCUUCUUAGGAGGUCCAAGGGUGGCUAGGACCUCAACAAUAAUUCAACACUUCUAAGUGGAUCCUAUGUGUUAGCAAUCUGAAUAAAUGUUGUGUGAUGUAAUAUCAAUAAACACUCUUGUUAAAAGUUGUGUUAAGUAUGAUUAAUAUCAAUAAAUAUUGUCGUUUUUACCCUUUCGAA